AAGCAUCAUUCAUUCAUUCUCGCAUCUCAUUUAUCAUUUAAGUGUUUUCUGUGUUAUUCAAUAAAAUUAUGGCUGACGAAGAAUACGAUUAUAAUGAUGCCCACGACGACUUCGAUGAUGAUGUUGAGCCCGACAAUAUUGAAGACCUCGAACAACCCAUGGAGGAAGGCGACACCAUCGAUAUAUUGCCACCAGGACAAGCAUCUGGUGGUGUACCCAAAGAUAAAAGGAUAUCCACCAAAUACAUGACCAAAUACGAAAGAGCUCGGGUGUUGGGCACUAGGGCCUUACAAAUAGCCAUGUGUGCACCUAUUAUGGUGGAAUUGGAAGGGGAGACUGAUCCACUUCAAAUCGCCAUGAAGGAACUGAAGGAACGAAAAAUUCCCAUCAUUAUUAGGAGGUUUUUGCCUGAUAAUUCCUAUGAGGAUUGGAGCAUUGAUGAAUUAAUUAUUAUUGAUCAUUGA